AUGCCGUCCAACGAUCUUCCAGCAAACAUCCUUCUGUCACGUUCUCAGCCUCUAAGCCCAUGGCUUCAAGAGAUCAUCCGAACAAAGCUUAGCGAGCUAAACUUGUCCGAUACUAACGACAAUGAGCCCAAAGAUGCCGCUGUUUCUGAUGUAGGGCUUAGAUCACGCCCUUUAUCGACGCCCGGAGAUAGCGGCUCUUGGGAAAUCUUACAACAGCCUUCCGGUUCCACGCCUGCGCCUUCAAACCAGGCAGAUGAAAAGUCCGUGCACGCUUCAAGCUGCAGAUUAGUCGAGAUUGGGGAGUUUCUUGUUGAUUUGACGACUUUAACAUCGAAGAUAGCCUCUGCCUUGGUUGAGGCAGAAGAUAUAAAAACUUAUAUCGAGGCUCACAUCCAACAAUUAAAUAAGAUGCAUCAUCUUUCCGAUAUGGAUAUGGUUACAUAUAUGAGUGAGAAGGAACGUGAUCUCAAUCUACUUGCAACCAAACUUGAGGAAAUGGCGAAUGAGACUUCUAUGGUUUGGAAGCGAAGCCCCAACCCGCCCUAUCCCAUGGGUGAUCUACCACAGGCAACAUCAACUGUGUUGGUUUCGCGCAGAACAAACAACAACUCCGCAAGUGUUAGUCAGAUUAAGCCGAACAGUGCAAUGGGCCCGGACUUCGCCUCAGAAUCGCCUGCGGCUUCCUGGAGUUCGAGCACGAAUAAUGCAGCUGAAGAAACAGGCUUUCCUAUGUCAAUGGAAGCAUUCCAAAGCAUCUACCCUAACCUUAACAGGCGCGGGGUGGGUAACUGGGUAUGCCCGUAUGGCGAAAAAUGUACCAAGGGCGGAGUCCGCGAUGGGGAGGUAGUGAUAUUUGGGCGGAAUUCUUCCUUUAAGGCACACUUGCAAAAGCAUGAGAAAGCGUUCAAGUGCACUAUACCUGGGUGUAAAAAUACCGCUGGUUUUGCCAGGAUUGACCAAUUGAGGAGACAUAAGAUUGAGGUUCAUCAUUUAAAGCCCGAAGAGGUUGACCAUGGAAAAUGA